UGUGCUCGCCUUGCGACCAUGCAAGCGCCGCCGUGAGUGCCACCUUCUUUAUCACCCAAAAAGGCGCCCGGAGCAGUGCCGCGGGCUCGUCUCGGCCCCGUGGCGAGCCUAGCUCGCUCCGAUGCUCAGGUGGGUCCGAAAUGACUACAGCCGGCACAAUCCCGCGCCGCCUGCCGAGGUCACGACGAGCUCCGAGGCAAGCCACUCGAGCCGUACGCCCUCCACGCCACCGCCGCAGCAGCAGCAACGCCGCGAACGACACCGGCGCGUCUCGCGACGCUCGUCGACCACCGAAGAAGGCGUGUCGCGCGACGACUCCUCCAACUUGGUGACGAAGGCGCACAAGCUCGAGUACAUCCGAAACAUCAUCGGCGGUGGCGAAGGAAGGACGCCCUUUUGGCCGUACGCCAGCGGCGCCGGCUAUGCCUAUGGGACGCCAACUCAGUACGGAUCCGGCGGCGCUGCCCAGAGCGUCGUCACGGGCGAGUUCUCGGCGCAAACGUCUUCGGACGCCGGUACGACACCCCGCUAUGCGGACGAGGAAGAUGUCAGCCGCAACACUACUGCUGCCGACUGGGAAGACAGUGAAAUGGCGGCGCAGAAGAGUGACAGCGUCGCCGACACCAUCGUGGGCAGCUAUCCGGAGUCCGGUUUCGACAGCGUCGGGGGAAGCGAACUGGAGAGCGACCCCGGCAGUCACUACGGCGGCGACUCCGCGAAGGGGAAGUCGUCGACGUCCGGUCGAAGGCAUUCCUUCGCCGCUGUGUUUCUCUUCGUCGGCAGCACGUUCGCAGUUGCGGUGGCGUUUGGACUGGCCGCUUUCUUCUACUCGUCCUCGGAGUUGUCGCACAGGUCUUCCACUGAAGGAAGAGACAUCGGCUCGUACGAAGGUGGCGAAGAGCCUGUCGUGUUCCACGCGGCCGGGAACGUCCCGGCGAGGAAAAAGAAAACCACACCUGCUGACGAGGCCGCCGCUGCUGCAGCCCAGCGUCCGUCCAACGUGUUCCUAAAGAACGCACACAGUGGAGGCGCUGGCUUGGAAGAGCACAUGGCUCCGCCCGUGUUCGGCGACGAGGAGACGAGCAAGCCGUCGACAGAGAAGCCGCGACGCCGUAAGAAGAUCGCCGUAUGGGAGGGCAAGAGAAUCUACAAUUCCGGUGGGAACGGUCAGAAUGCGAGCACAGCGAAUCCAGUGGCCACAGCUCCACGCGAAACACAAGCGCGUAACGUUGUCCCUUCGAGCACGAAGGGGAUCCCGGCUCAGGCGACUGCAAGCCGCAGUGGCAACGAAGAUUCCAAGGCGGUGAGCACCAGGAAGGUUGCGCGUAGGACCGCUCGGCGUGCUAUCGUGACGACAGCGAAGCGUCGCACUCGCGCCGUUGUGACGUUGGGAGGCCCGAACAGGCGCUUUUGCGAGACCAAGGUGUGUGAGAGAGAAUCGGUGUACCUCACCAGCUACCUGGAUUGGAGUGUGUCACCGUGCGACGAUUUCUACAGCUUCGUCUGCAACCACUGGAAGAACCUGCACCCCGAGGUGGGCUCGUCGGUCGACUCGCUGCUCGUUCAGAAGGUCGAAGAGGACAUCUACAACGCGAUGACAUCGCAGAACAGGGCAAACAACAGGCUCAUCAAGGUUCAGUCCCUCAUCAGUGCAUGCGUGCACAAGCCUUUCACCGAGAGCCACAAAACCGCUCUCGUGGACUUCAUGGGCGAUCUGGGUCUGCGUGGGUGGCCUUUCCAGCGCGACACCAAGACGCUCAUCGACGUAUGGAAAAGCACCAGUCUCCUUCUCCGCAACCUCGGCCUCGCUGUUCUUGUUUCGGUUAAGGUGGAGCCUGACCCGGAGAACGACGAGCGGUACAUUAUCGCGCUUGGCGACCCGGACGUGCUCAUCGGCCAGUACGGAAGCCAGGAGAGCGCGCUGCCCGAGUGGUACGCCAUGGCCGUUACCAGUUGCUUCAAGGUGUUCACCAGCGGCAAAUACGUGGACAUCGCGCGCCGGGUGCGCGAGUUCUCCGCUCGACUGGCAGAAGCCACUACUGACCGUGGAAGCGAGGCGUUUGCCGCAAACCGCUUCAAGCUGGUGCAGCUAAAGCACCACGCAAACCUCAUCCAGCUGCUCACCUUCCUGUUCAGCAACAUCACCGUCGUUCACAGUCGCAUGAAGGUUCUGGUGAAGACGGAGAAUUACUUCCGUGACCUCCGCAACGUGCUGCACGUGACCAAGGGUGUGGACGUACUCAACUACUUGGGCUUCCGCGCGCUGCUGCACAUCUCACCGCUGCUACCGGACCAGGCCCUGGAGAUGGCCUCGCUGCAGAUGAAGCAGCUGACGGGCCUCCGCCGAAUCAACUGGCCCCGGUGGCGCCGCUGCAUCCGCAUGUUCGAGCGGGUCACGCCCGCGGUCUUCUUGCACGCGUACGCCGACGUGCGCCAGAACGUACCGAACAAGGACAAGGUCUGGAGUCUGCUGAACGACAUCCAGGCGAGCUUCGUGCUCGCCAUCAACAGUGCACCCUGGAUGAGCAUCGACGACAAGCUCAUGCUGCGGGAUCGCCUGUCACGCAUCAAGAUCGAGGUGUUCCACAAAUUCGUGGCCAAACGCGGACACAAGCACUCGCCGGCCGAGUUUGUCCCGGACGUGCAGCCUGGAAACGUAAUCACUGUCUACAGGACUCUGGCUAGGCAGCUGAUGGAGCGACGCCUUACAAGGAUCAAGCUGCACCGCGAUCCAAAAGUAACCAGGUGGAAGGGCUCGGUCUUCGACACGGUGCCCAAGUUCGACAGGGACUCCGAGAGCAUCUUUGUGCCUAUGGCCAUGUUUGAUCCCGCAUAUAUGAACGACCCGGAGUCUAUGCUUCUUCAGAUUCCGAGAGUGGCCACCAAGGUGAUCGGCGCACUGUUCGCCGGCAUCCACCACGGAAACUUCCCAGCCGGCAAAAUGCACUGGUCGGUGGACACCGAGCUUGGAUACCACGACGUGCAGAAGUGCCUGCAGCGACACUACGCGGCCGCCGACGCCAACGCAGCGUCCUCGCUAUCUGGUGGCGUCAGGUUGCGCACCGAAAAGACGACGCAGUUUGACGUGCUCGAGAGCCUGUCGCUACUACCGGCCUUCAAGUUGUUUCUCAAGCACGUCAACAAGGUGAACAUCGAAGACUACGGCCUGCUGACCGGCCUGAACACCACCGUGAAACAGCUCUUCUACAUACUCUACACCAAGGGGCUGUGCGAGACGACCGAUGCAAACAGACGCCGGGAGCAGGCGGAGGAGUCGGUGUUUCGGCCACCGUCGGACCGCGCCAACGGGCCCCUGAGGAACUCGUUCCGGUUCCCCACCUUCUGGGAGUGCGCCAGCGACUCGCCCAUGAACCCGAACCAGAAGUGCACCAUAUGGACCUCGUAGCCAUCCACUACAUUUGCCAACGCGCCAUUAAACGGUCAUA